AUGGCGUCAGUCUCAUCGCUGGAUAGGGACCUGCGCAACAUGCGCCUGUCCAAGUAUACCCCGCAGGCCGCCAACGAAGUGCGCGAAUGGAUUGAGGAAGUGCUGCAUGAGAAACUGUCCUCCGGGGAUUUGAUUGCUGCGCUGAAAGAUGGUGUCGCUCUCUGCAAGCUAGUCAAUCUCGCGGUCUCUCCAGGUGUCAAGUACAAGCAGUCGUCUAUGCCAUUUGUACAGAUGGAAAAUAUUUCCCAUUUCCUCCGCGCAAUUCAGAUGCCGCCGCUCAGUCUCCCACCACAUGAUGUCUUCCUUACAGUCGAUCUUUACGAAUCGAAGGACCCUGCCCAGGUACUUCAGUGUUUGGGGGCUUUCAGCCGAAGGGCCAAUGCUAUCGAGCCCGCCAAGUUCCCCCGGACACUGGGAGCCAAAAGCAAAGCAGGUGCAGUAACUCCUCAGUUGACAGGUUCAAGCCAAAGCCAGCUUGGCACCAGACCACGAGGAGCUAGCAACGCCAGCAACCCUGGUGCCCUGAGUCCGGCAGCCGCGUCAACAACUUCCGGGCGAAGCAGCCCUGGAAAGGGGGGCUCGCCAUCGCCCAGAGCUCCAGUGAGCAGCUGGAGCAGGAAAACGGACGAAACGGUCACGGCACCGGCAUGGAAUAUCCACCAGUAUGGCUACAUGGGCGGUGCAAGUCAGGCUAAUCAAGGUGUCACAUUUGGUGCGCGACGGCAGAUAACCAGUCCAUUACCAGCGGUUCCCAGUUUGGCCGAGAAGGAAAAGAAGAGACGGGAGGCUGCAGCCGAAGAGGAACGCCGUCGUAGGCAAGCUCAGGAGGAAGAAGAAGAACGGCGACGGAUCCAGAGAGAAGAGGAGGAAGCUAACGCCCGAGCAGAAGAAGAGCGCAGAUGGGCAGAGGAAACAGAACGACUGAGGGAGAACGAGCGCCGCGAGGUUGAGGAGCAGAAAAAGAAAUGGGACGACGAACAGCGGAAGUGGGAGGAGGAAGAGCAACGUCGUCUCCAGGAGGAAAAGGAACUCGAGGAGAAGUUCAACCGAGAACGACAGCGCACUCGAGGCUUGAGUGACGCCCGCCUCAACGGACAGUUCCUCAGCCAGUAUCAAGCCCACCAACCGAAGUCGCCGCCCAGGACAGUCGAGACGGCGGAGAGCCAGCGUAUUAAGGAACUUGAGCGGGAACUUGAGCUGGCCAAGGAGCGUGAGCGCCAAUAUGAACGUGAGAGACUAGACCUACGUGAAAAGCAAGAAAGAGACAAUCGCUCACGUAGCCGGAGUCAUCCGCGUCCAGUCCAACCGAGUUACGACCUCUCAUCCCUCGAAGAAGAACGCAAACUGCUACGCAAGGAAUGGCAGCAACAGCAAGACGACUUCUCAGCACCGCCAAUGACACCUCCCAGACAAGGUCGGCCGCUCCCUGACCCCAAAGCCGCUCAACAAACAUCACCCCGACCACUCCCUGAUCCCAAAGUCGCUGCCCAGACCUCACCUCGUCCGCUCCCUAGUCCAGGCGCCUACGCCAAUCGCACCGACCGUUUCCUUGCCUCAAACCCAGCUCCAUCCCCCCCUAAGCCAUCAUCCCAUCGACCAGCAGACUACUCUUCUACCGCUGAGAUUGACGCAGAGAAUAGCCGCCGUAUAGCCGCACAGCAGAAGACCCGCGCCGGUGGUUGGGCCUCCAAAUCUCUCCUUGAGCGGGAGAUGGAGCGUGAACGUGAACGCCAGCGCGAAUGGGAAGAGGGUCAGAAACAAACCUCCGAAGCCGCAAAGAAGGGUCUCAAGGACGAUGUCGGUGUUGGUCCUGGCCAAGGUGCCUGGGAUGUCCACCAGUAUGGCUUCAUGGGCGGUGACAAUCAGAAUCGAGGUGGCCCUGGUCUAGGAAUCGGAGGAGCCAGAAGACAAAUUAUUGGACCGAGACCACCACCAUAA